AUGGCGCCCUCCUUACCUAUCAAGUUUACGGAGUUGCUACAGUUGACUAGUUCACAAGUAAAUGUUGAUCAAGCAUCAAUUGGGUUUAACUCAUGUACCCUCGAAUCCGACUCCUUUAUUUGUGUUCGCGAGAAAAAGAAUGAGGCAGCUUCGCCAGAAGUUAUCAUCGUUGACCUUAAGCAAAACAACAAUGUCAUACGACGUCCGAUCAAGGCGGAUAGCGCCAUCAUGCACUGGACCAAACAGGUCAUUGCGCUCAAGGCACAGUCGAGAACGCUACAAAUAUUCGACUUAGCUCAAAAGGCAAAGCUGAAAUCUGCGACAAUGAGUGAGGACGUGGUGUUCUGGAAAUGGUUUAGUGAGACCAGCUUAGGUCUGGUGACGGAUAGCGCGGUAUACCAUUGGGAUGUAUUCGAUGCAAACCAGGCGUCUCCAGUGGAAGUAUUCAAGAGAAACCAAAACCUAGCGGGAUGCCAAAUCAUCAACUACCGUGUCAGUGACGAUGGGAAAUGGAUGGUGGUAAUUGGUAUUACACAACAGCAGGGACGAGUGGUUGGUGCUAUGCAAUUGCAUUCACGAGAUCGCGGCAUCAGUCAAGCUAUCGAAGGACACGCAGCAGCGUUCGGCACCCUACGACUUGAAGGAGCGCCUGCGGACACCAAAGUUUUCACUUUCGCGGUUCGAACCGCGACUGGAGCUAAGCUGCACAUAGUCGAAGUUGAUCACCAAACCACAAAUCCAACCUUUUCGAAGAAGGCUGUAGAUGUUUACUUCCCAGCAGAGGCAGUGAAUGAUUUUCCAGUUGCUAUGCAAGUUUCUCAAAAGUACAGCAUCAUCUACCUCGUCACCAAAUAUGGGUUCAUUCAUUUGUACGAUUUGGAAACUGGAACAUGCAUAUUCAUGAAUCGAAUUUCGAGCGAGACAAUUUUCAUCACCACUGCUGAUUCACAAUCUGAAGGUUUGGUAGGUAUUAAUCGCAAAGGCCAAGUGCUGGCUGUUGCUGUUGACGAGACCACAAUUAUCAAUUACCUGCUUCAAAACCCUGCCAAUUCUGGCUUAGCAGUCAAACUUGCAUCAAGGGCUGGCCUACCUGGUGCAGACAACUUAUACGCCCAGCAGUUCGACCAGUUGAUAUCUGCAGGCAACUAUGCAGAGGCUGCUAAGAUCGCCGCGAACUCUCCCCGAGGAUUUCUUCGAACCCCUCAAACCAUUGACCGAUUCAAGUCCUUACCCGCUGUUCCAGGCCAGCUGUCAAUCAUUCUUCAAUACUUUGGCAUGCUUCUCGAUAAAGGAACUCUCAACAAACACGAAACGCUAGAACUCGUGCGACCAGUCCUUGCACAACAGCGAAAACAUCUGCUCGAGAAAUGGAUGAAAGAGAACAAGCUAGAUUGCUCCGAGGAGCUGGGUGAUAUUGUUCGGCCACAUGACUUGAACCUUGCUCUUAGCAUUUAUCUGCGUGCCAAUGUCGCGCCGAAGGUCGUUGCUGCGUUUGCGGAGACUGGACAAUUUGAGAAGAUUUUGCCUUACGCCACGCAAGUGGGAUAUCAGCCGGAUUACAUUGUUCUGCUCCAGAAUAUUGUACGUCUGUCGCCUGAUAAAGGUGCGGAGUUCGCAACCCAGCUGGCAAACAAUGAGAGUGGUCCUUUGGUAGAUAUCGAGCGUGUGGUUGACGUAUUCCAAUCUCAAAAUAUGGUUCAAGCUGCAACCGCCUUCCUUCUUGAUGCACUCAAGGAUAACAAACCAGAACAAGGCAACUUGCAAACUCGUCUCCUCGAGAUGAACCUGAUGAAUGCUCCUCAAGUCGCCGACGCUAUCCUUGGUAACGACAUGUUCUCUCACUAUGACAGACCUCGUAUUGCACAACUUUGUGAGGGUGCUGGACUUGUUCAACGCGCUCUGGAGCAUUACGAUGACCCUGACGCUAUCAAGCGAGUUUUGGUCAACAUUGCAGCACAGCCAAAUUUCUCUCAAGACUGGCUCACUAACUUCUUCGGUCGCUUGUCACUCGAGCAAUCUUUGGAUUGUCUUGAUGCCAUGCUAAAGAGUAAUAUCAGACAAAACCUUGCCUCGGUAGUACAAAUCGCUACAAAGUAUUCGGAUCUGUUGGGCGCCACACGCUUGAUUGAUCUCUUCGAAAAGUACAAGACUUACGAGGGUCUUUUCUACUACCUUGGUAGUAUCGUUAACUUGAGCGAAGAUCCAGAUGUCAACUUCAAGUACAUUGAAGCUGCUACAAAAAUGGGGCAGUUUAAUGAGGUUGAGCGGAUCUGUCGAGAUAGCAAUCACUUUAAUCCAGAAAAAGUGAAAAACUUUUUGAAGGAAGCAAAGCUAACCGAACAACUACCUCUGAUCAUCGUUUGCGAUCGUUUCAACUUCAUCCACGACUUGGUCCUCUACCUCUACCAGAAUCAACAAUUCAAGUCAAUUGAAGUCUAUGUUCAACGUGUGAACCCAGCUCGCACACCAGCGGUUGUGGGCGGUCUGCUUGACGUCGAUUGCGAUGAAUCCAUCAUUAAGAACCUUUUGCAAACCGUCAACCCAGCUUCGGUCCCAAUCGAUGACCUCGUUGCUGAAGUCGAGACCAGAAAUCGAUUGAAGAUCUUGUUACCAUUCCUUGAAGCGACACUUGCCGCUGGUAAUCAACAACAAGCUGUUUACAAUGCUCUUGCGAAAAUUUAUAUUGACUCAAACAACGCCCCAGAGAAAUUUCUCAAAGAAAACGACCUCUACAACACGCUUACAGUGGGAAAAUACUGCGAGAAGCGCGAUCCUAACCUGGCCUUUAUUGCGUACCAAAAGGGACAGAAUGAUCUAGAGCUUGUCAACAUUACCAACGAAAACUCUAUGUUCAAAGCUCAAUCUCGGUAUCUCCUCAACCGAGCUGAUACUGAACUCUGGUCUUUCGUCCUUAGCCCAAACAACAUCCAUCGCCGCUCUGUUGUGGAUCAGGUUAUCUCCACUGCAGUUCCCGAGUCGACAGAACCAGACAAGGUCUCCGUCGCUGUGGCAGCUUUCCUUCAGGCAGACUUGCCAGGGGAGCUGAUUGAAUUGUUGGAAAAAAUUGUUCUUGAACCCUCGCCAUUCAGUGACAACGAGAAUCUUCAAAAUCUUCUUAUUCUUACCGCUACCAAGGCUGACAAGGCUCGUGUUAUGGAUUACAUCCACAGACUCGAUGCGUAUAAUGCGCCUGAUAUUGCUAACAUCUGUAUCGAGGUGGGCUUGUUCGAAGAAGCUUUCGAAGUUUACAAGAAGAUCAAUGACCACAAGAGCGCUGCGAACGUAUUGGUAGAACAUAUUGUGAGCAUUGAUCGUGCUCAUGAGUACGCCGAGCGAGUCGAGCUUCCAGAGGUCUGGAGCAGAGUUGCGAAAGCUCAGUUGGAUGGUCUCCGUGUAUCAGAUGGUAUUGCAUCAUACAUUCGGGCUGAAGACCCAAGCAACUACUUGGAAGUCAUCGAGAUUGCAACUCAUGCUGGAAAGGAUGAGGACCUCAUCAAGUUCCUUCGCAUGUCUCGAAAGACGCUUAGAGAGCCAGCUAUCGACACUGCACUGGCCUUCGCAUAUGCUCGCACUGAACAGCUAAGCGAAUUAGAGGAUUUCCUGAGGGGAACGAACGUCGCCGACAUCGAGGAAUCCGGUGACAAGGCUUAUGCUGAAGGGUUUCAUCAGGCUGCAAAGAUAUUCUUCACCAGCAUCUCCAACUGGGCGAAGCUUGCUACUACACUCGUACACCUUGAGGAUUACCAGGCAGCUGUUGAGUGCGCCCGAAAAGCAAAUAACAUCAAGGUCUGGAAACAGGUCAAUGCUGCAUGCGUGGAGAAGAAGGAGUUCCGACUAGCACAAAUCUGUGGUCUUAAUUUGAUCGUGGAUGCAGAAGAGCUUCAAGGUUUGGUCAAGCAAUAUGAGCGCAAUGGUUAUUUCGACGAGCUCAUUUCGCUCCUUGAACAAGGUCUUGGUCUUGAGAGAUGUCAUAUGGGAAUAUUUACCGAACUAGGCAUCGCUCUCUCAAAAUAUCAUCCAGAUCGUGUUAUGGAGCACCUGAAGCUGUUCUGGGGGAGGAUCAACAUUCCUAAGAUGAUCCGCGCAUGCGAGGAAGCGCAUUUGUGGCCAGAGCUUGUCUUCCUCUAUUGCCAUUACGAUGAGUGGGACAAUGCUGCACUUGCGAUGAUGGAACGCGCUGCCGACGCUUGGGAACACCACUCCUUCAAGGACAUCAUCGUCAAGGUUGCCAAUUUGGAAAUCUAUUACCGAGCACUUAACUUUUACCUCCAACAGCAACCUUCGCUUCUGACAGAUCUUCUCCAGGCACUAACCCCAAGGAUUGAUGUCAACCGUGUGGUAAAGAUGUUCGAGAAAUCCGACAACAUACCGCUAAUCAAACCAUUCCUUCUCAAUGUCCAAACUCAGAAUAAGAAGAUCGUCAACAAUGCUAUUAACGAUCUCCUGAUCGAAGAGGAAGACUACAAAACUCUUCGAGAUUCAGUUGAGAACUACGAUAACUAUGAUCCUGUUGAGCUUGCUCAGCGGUUGGAAAAACAUGACCUUGUCUUUUUCCGACAAAUUGCCGCCAACAUCUACCGCAAGAACAAGCGAUGGGAAAAGUCCAUUGCUCUCUCGAAGCAGGACAAGCUUUUCAAGGACGCUAUUGAGACUGCUGCUAUGUCAGCCAAAUCCGAUGUUGUCGAGGAGUUACUGCGAUACUUUGUCGAUAUUGGUAGCCGCGAAUGCUAUGUCGGUAUGCUUUACGCUUGCUACGAGCUCAUUCCAAUCCAUGUUGUCAUGGAAGUUUCAUGGCGUCAUGGUCUGACCGAUUUCACGAUGCCAUUCAUGAUCAACUACCUCGCACAACAGAGCUCAACAAUAGAGACUUUGAAAAAGGACAACGAGGAGCGAAAGUCACGUGAAAAAUCUCAGGAGACUGAUGACAGCAAUACACCCAUUCUGGGUGGUGGUCGGCUGAUGAUUACUGCUGGACCCGGCGGAAGACAAUCCCCAGCACCAUUCGCGCAGACAAAUGGCUUUGCACCACAAGCCACGGGCUUCGGUGGUGGAUUUUGA